GUAGCUGAAGGAGCGGUACGCGGCGGCAGCAGCAGCGGGCGAGUUGUACUUUUGUUUUAUGAGAAAUUAACGGAAAGUUGUUGCUGAACCGUCGGACUUGUAUAGAUUAUUCCAUCGCCACGGCAACUACAAAGCUAUGUCAGCAUCGUCAGAGGAGGUGCUGCUGGUGGUGAAGAAGGUGCGGCAGAAGAAGCAGGAUGGCACACUGUACCUUAUGGCAGAGAGGAUCGCCUGGGGUCCUGACGGAAAGGACCGGUUUACUGUCAGCCACUUGUAUGCCGACAUCCGAUGUCAGAAGAUCAGCCCAGAUGGGAAGGCCAAGAUCCAGCUUCAGCUGGUCCUCCACACAGGCGAGAGCACCACAUUCCACUUUGCCAGUGAAAGCAAUGCCCUGCGGGACCGCGAUGCUACCAAGGAAUUGCUACAGCAGUUGCUGCCCAAGUUCAAAAAGAAAGCCAACAAGGAGCUGGAAGAAAAGAACCGAAUGCUUCAGGAAGACCCGGUAUUGUUCCAGCUGUACAAGGACCUCGUGGUUAGUCAGGUGAUCAGCGCUGAAGAGUUCUGGGCCAAUCGGCUGAGCAUGAAUACUCUGGACCACCCCCUUUCUGGCAGCAAGCAGGAAGUGGGCAUAUCUGCAGCAUUCCUGGCAGACAUCAGGCCUCAGACAGACGGCUGCAAUGGGUUGAGAUACAACCUCACCGCAGACAUCAUUGAAUCCAUCUUCAGAACAUACCCUGCAGUCAAACAAAAAUACGCUGAGAAUGUGCCCCACAACCUGACAGAGAAAGAGUUCUGGACCCGCUUCUUUCAGUCCCACUACUUCCACCGAGACCGGAUCAGCACCGGUCUGCAGGAUCUCUUCUCUGAGUGUGCCAAGCAGGAUGAGAAAGGCUUGAAGACUAUGGUUGUUCAGGGCGUGAAGAACCCACUAGUGAACCUGCUGUCUCUUGAGGACAAGUCGCUUGAUGAGGGUUAUGGGGCUGCUGUGGCACCUUCAACCUCAAACACCAACAAGGUAAAGGAAAACAGCAACUCUGCGAUCAUCAAGCGAUUCAACCAUCAUAGUGCCAUGGUGCUGGCAGCUGGAUUGCGCAAACAGGAUGCUGACCAGGCCAGUGAAACCAGCAGUGUGGAUGGGAAUUCAAGGGACUCUGACUACUUCAAGCCACCCAUAAAGAAGGUGAAGUUGCAAGAGGCCAUUGAAUACGAGGACCUAGAGAGGGAAAACAGGCAGAAAACUGUCACUUUGAACCUGAAAAAAUCUGACAGGUACUUUCAUGGUCCAGUGCCAGUCCAAUCCCAGAACUACACCACCAGCCAGGACAUCAUUAACUCUGUCAAUUACAUCCAACAAGAGAUGGCCAACUACAAACCCAGUCUUAUUCAGGUGAUUUCCAGCAGUUCAGCCAGCUCUGCCAUUGCUGCCCUUUCCCCAGGGGGUGUGCUUAUGCACGCUGGGGUACAACAAGCCAUAAAUCAGAUGGUACCCCUUGAUGUGCAGGCAGAGCUGAAGCACUUGUACAUGGCAGCUGGGGAGCUACUUCGACACUUCUGGUCCUGUUUCCCUGUCAACACACCCUUCUUAGAGGAGAAGUUGGUGAAGAUGAGGUCAAACCUGGAGAGAUUCCAGUUGACUAAGCUCUGCCCUUUCCAGGAAAAGGUCCAGCACCAACACUUGAGUAUAAAUCUAACAGGGCACCUGGAGGAAAUGCUGCAGAUGGCAUACAACAAGUUCCAUGCCUGGCAGAACCGCCAUAUGCUGAGAAAGACUUGAGAGCGAGAGAACUGGGGACAAGGCCUUUGUCUGCAUGGCUGCAGGAGAAUAAUAUCCAAGCUGCCACUACAGAAUUUUUUUCUGCCCCCUCCCCAACAACGCCCUCACUGUCUGUUGAAUGGCACUUAUUUAGGUCCUCUCCCACAAAGUUGAAAUUGGACAGGAACACUGAUGAGGCCGUGCAUGAAGGCCACAGUGUGGGGUAACGAGUGACUGAGAAGAAUUUACUUGUCUCAGGAAGCAAAAAGUAAGUCAGUAGAAAGCACAAACUGCUGUCAUCUGUACAAUCUGUGCAAAGUACAGAAAAACUGCUGAGGGUCUUGGAGGACAAAGCGUUGUAACUUCCUGAGCCCAUGGCCUGGGUAUGGAAUUGAACUUCUUGGAAGUAAAGCAGGGAAGGGGAGUGAAUAAAGCAAUACUGUAAAGAUAUCUCCAGUAUGUGGUACAUUGUUCCUGUAUGGCAUCCACACACAAAGCUUAAAAGGUGUAUUAGACCUCUACUUUGCACUGAAGGCCCAGCAUGGUAAAGUUGCAGGCAAAAUUCUGAAACGAAAGUCACAGAGAUACUGCUGCUUUAGCUGUUGUAUUUACAGUACAGGACUACUUAAUGAGGAGUUAGUGUUCGGUAAUGUUUGAUUUACGGUUAUGACAUUGGUGUGUGUGAAUUUUUAAAUUACUGUUACUAUUACUAUUAAAGGUGUAUGAG